GGAAGGAGAUCGCCGUCGUGGGGCCGCCUCGUCCUCUUCAUCUUCCCCGCGGUUCCUCUUCCUUCUGCUUCUGCUGCAUUUCUCAAGGCGGACUAUGACCAUGUUGUUAGACGGCGGGCCUCAGUUCUCCGCGCUGGGAGUCGGGGGCUUCGGAGCGCCUUGCCACCACCCGCACGACGUGGCGAACCGCGACGCCGCUGCCGCCGCUGCCGCCGCUAUGGGACUCAACCACCCAUUCGGGGACUCAUCCUUUAAAAUAAGCCCGGCGCCCCACGAGCUGGCGUCGGGUCAAGGCUCUGCAUUCACGCCGCAAGCGUCGGGCUACCCUCACCAUCACCAUCACCGCCACCCUCCGCACCCGCCUCACCCUCAUCACGCCGGCCAGGUGCCUUCCUCUUACGCCGCCGCGGCCGCCGCGGCCGCUUUCAACUCCACGCGGGACUUUCUCUUCCGCAACCGCGGGGGAUCCGCGCUCGGGGAUUCCCCCGCCGGCGGCGCUCAGCACGGCCUCUUCGGCGGCAAUGCGCCCAGCGGGCUCCACGCUCCUCCGGGCAUCUCGGACAGCCCUGGCGGCUACUUGCUGUUCCCGAGUUUGCACGAGCAGAACCCCAGCCACACCUCCCCGACUGGGCACGUGGAGAACGGGCAGAUGCACCUGGGCUUGCGGGGGGACUUUUUCGGAAGGCCGGAGACGUACCGAGGAGUCUCCAGCCCCCGCGCGGACCCUUAUGGGGGCCCGGCUCAGUUCCACAACUACAGCCCCAUGAAUGUGAACAUGGGGGGCAUGAACGUGGCGGCCGCGGCGGCCGCGGCUCACCACCGUCACCACCACCACGGCGCGGGAGCCUUUUUCCGCUACAUGCGGCAGCCCAUCAAACAGGAGCUCUCCUGCAAAUGGAUCGAGGAACUGUCGCAGCCUCCGGCUCCUCCGCAUCAGCAACAGCAGCCUCACCAACCGCCGCUGAGCCGACCCAAAAAGAGCUGCGAACGGACUUUCAGCACCAUGCACGAACUGGUCACCCAUGUCACUAUGGAGCACGUCGGGGGCCCUGAGCAGAACAACCACAUCUGCUACUGGGAGGAAUGUCCCCGAGAGGGCAAGUCCUUCAAGGCGAAAUACAAACUCGUCAACCAUAUCCGCGUCCACACCGGCGAGAAGCCCUUCCCGUGCCCCUUUCCCGGCUGCGGGAAGAUCUUCGCCAGGUCGGAGAACCUCAAAAUCCACAAGAGGACGCACACAGGAGAGAAGCCCUUUAAGUGUGAGUUUGAAGGCUGUGACCGGCGUUUUGCAAACAGCAGCGACCGAAAGAAGCACAUGCACGUCCACACAUCAGACAAGCCAUACAUCUGCAAAGUCUGUGACAAGUCCUACACCCACCCCAGCUCCUUAAGGAAGCACAUGAAGGUCCAUGAGAGCCAAGGGUCAGAAUCCUCUCCGGCGGCUAGUUCCGGCUACGAGUCAUCCACCCCGCCAGCAGUCGUGGCUGCCACCAGCAAAGACUCCAGCAAACCACCAGCUGCAGCUGUUCAGACAGCCAACCCCAGCCACAACCAAGAACUGCCCCCCAACUUUAAUGAGUGGUAUGUCUGAUGAGGACAAAUUCAACUCCUCUCCUCCCCCACAAAAUCAACAACAACAACAAAACCCAGCCUAAUCGGACUGUACCAAAAGCAUUCCUGUUGACAUCAAAGGACACCGGAUUCAUCUUUGGCCUGCCAUUGGAGUUUGCAGGACAAAAAAAUGAAAAAAAAAAUGAAGGAGGAACAACUACAGUAGCAGCAGCAACAACAACAAACAAGUGGGGGAAGGGUGUGAUUUUUUUUUUUAACCCUAUCCAAGAGCUGGAGGCUGGACUUUGUCUCUAUUUUUCUCAGGAUUUUUCUGCAUUGAUGGUUAUUUCUUUAUUUCUUUUUUAAAAAUCCCUCUUCCAACUCACCUUUCAAUACCACUCCCUUCAUUUCCAAACAUUCUUGCCUUUUGUAAAUAUAUACUUCCAAUAGAUAUAUACCCACUCCUUUUUGGGGUGGGAUGUUGAAAAACAACGAACUGACUUUUACACUUUAUGAUUUAACUUCCAAUAGAUAUAUACCCCCUCCUCUCUCUCUCUCUCUCUUUUUUUUUGGGGGGGGUGUUGAAUUUUGAAAAACAGCAAACUGACUUUUCCCCUUGGCCUUAGUUAUGAUUAUUAAAAAUAAUAAGAAAAAACAACAACCACAGUCUUAAAACUUGCCAAAGUCCUGUAUUGUCUUGAAAUCUUUCUUCCCUUCUCUCUUUCUCUGUCUUUCUGUCCCCUUUUCUCCUACCUUUUUCUCACUCUCUAAAACAUUACACUUGUGAAUGUAUUUCAUCUGAUUUGAGGAUGGGCCAGGGGUGUUCUUCAGUAUGUUUUUCAGGAGGGGGAAAUGUAAUCUUAAUUUCACUCAGCUCAUGGCGGUUUAGUAUAAACAGUUGCCUUUUUGUAACAACUUUUUAUUUUUUGUAAAUACAUCUCCAUGAUGCCAUAUUUAUCAAUUGUAAUUUAAUUAUUGAGAGAAGUGCCGGAAACGGAAACAUAUUUAUGAGGAAAAAAACAAAACAAAACCCCCACAAAAAUAAUAAUUUUGUUUUCUAACAAACAAACAAACAAAAUCCAGACAAACUCUGUACAGCUUUUUGGUUAUAUACCUGCUUUAGCAUUAAAAGUUUAUUGUUUUGGAAAUAA